UGCCCUAAUCUCUUGGCGGUGAGUGGCCCUUUAUAAGUUCAUCCUAAUCAGCCGCUUUAUUUCUCUUGCGGUCUCGAGCAGUGGUAGCAGGCUUCCAGGGUUUCUAGGGUUUACGUUUAUCUGAUUCACAGAAUAAAAAUGGUUCUCCAAAACGAUAUCGAUUUGCUCAACCCUCCUGCCGAGCUUGAGAAAAGGAAGCACAAGCUCAAGCGUCUCGUGCAGUCCCCUAACUCAUUUUUCAUGGACGUGAAAUGUCAGGGCUGCUUCAACAUAACUACCGUAUUCAGUCACUCCCAAACAGUGGUGGUGUGUGGAAAUUGCCAGACAGUGUUGUGCCAGCCAACCGGUGGGCGUGCGAGGCUUACAGAGGGUUGCUCUUUCAGGAGGAAGGGUGAUUGAAGACAAUUUCUCUUGAUUGUUUGUUGGCAAGUAGAUGGGUUUCUUUCUUUCUCAAGGAUCAUGUUCAGUCUCUUUCGGCCUUUAGAUUUUUUUUAAAAAAAAUUUCACUUAGCAAAUUAUAUCUACUAAUAUAGGGUUUCAAUCUAUGAUUUCGUCUUUCUGCCCUUGCAUUUGAAUCUUGUAUUGUGUGACAAUCUCAUAAUGUUAUGUUACCUCUUGACUUUGGUUAAUGUUACCUAAUUAUUGUCUUCUCCUGUUUUAUGGAAUCAUGGAAAUUUGGAAAUUA